AUGAUACAAAUUGCUUUCAAAUGGUUCGGAGUAGUUAACUCGAAGAAUCACCGUGUCGUUGCUGGCGACGGUGUGAAAUUCAUAGAGAAUGCCUCCGCUGAAGGCAGGAAGUACGACGUUGUGGCGAUCGAUGCCUGUACAGAGACUCCGUUUUUUUGUCCCGUCAAGCCUUUUCGAAAUCCGAACGCUUUAAAAGCUGUCAGGAACAUCUUGACAUCGAAUGGUAAGCGUAAAUGCAAAAUU